UAUCCUGCCAAUAGGUCAUGUCUUCUUUCUCUGCACGAUAACAACCAUUACCAGUCAAGGUUGUUUUGAAGAAAAUCACACUUUUUGGAAUUUGUCCUUGGGGUAUUAUGGAGUCGUCUUCUGAAGAAUCAACCGAACUGCCCACUAAACAAGAUAACACCCAAGAUUCGAACGGUGAUGUCGGAAAUAAAAAAACAAAAGUUAAGCAAGUCCAUAUAGUUUGUGUGAAGGACCGCCAGUUUACAGUGACACCUGUUGCUGAAACCUACCAUGAUGCUCAUGAUGAACUCCCUUGUGAUGAAACAACCAUUCUGCAGUUUGAGAAUGAGCUUAAAGGUCAAAUGGCCGACACAAGUGACACACUUACGCACAACAGUAUUACAGCAUUAUUAUCCUCAAAGUUCAGAGAUAUACAGAAGAGACUGAAGCAGUAUGGGAUUGAAGCACCAAAGUUCAGAAAGAGGCUAGUUUCAAAAUGGGAGAGUCUGAAUUAUGACAUCUGUGAAAAUGUUCUCUAUAUUAAAAACAGAGACCAGUACAGAUCAAAGAUACAUCAUGAAUUUGGUGGAAGAGGUGUAAAAAGAUGGGUGACUUUUGGUUGGCUUAGUAAAUGGAUUAUUAUGUUAGGGAUUGGUUUAUUAACAGCUCUAUUAGCAGCAGCCAUUCAUGGCAUUGUAGAAGAAAUAUCACAUAUCAAAUUUAAAUAUCUCAGUGAUUAUUUUGAUCAGUGUGCAAAGGAUGAUUGUUUAUAUUUACCUGUGUUUAUGUGGAUGGGCAUGAAUCUAGUCAUAACAUGUUUAGCUUCCAUACUUGUAACAUUCCUACAGCAAAAAGCAGCAGGGAGUGGUAUUCCAUUAAUCAAAUCGUAUUUAAAUGGUGUCAAGAUACCAGGACUGUUGUCAUUUAAAUGUUUUGUGGCUAAAUCUGGCGGUGUUGUCCUCUCCAUACUAGGUGGUCUGUUUUGUGGAAAGGAAGGUCCCAUGGCACACUCAGGUGGAAUCAUAGCAGCAGGAUUAGGUAAAGGAAGAAUUAGAUUCUGUAAAGGCAAAGGUAUUUCGUUAUAUGAUGGAUUUAGGAAUGAUCAUGAGAUCAGAGAUUUUGUAGCUGGUGGGGCUGCAGCUGGCGUAUCAGCUGCCUUUGGGGCUCCAGUGGGAGGAACAUUAUUUAGUUUAGAAGAGGCUGCCAGCUUUUGGAACCAGGACUUAACAUGGAGAGUUUUUUUUGGUGCCAUGGUAUCAACAUUUGCCACAAACUUUUUGUUGGGUGCAUUCCAUGGUCAUGCUACAGAGUUGUCAGCCCCUGGAUUAGUUAGAUUUAAUGUUUUUGAUAAUGAUUUAAAAUUUGAUUUGAUAGAAAUUCCAGUCUUUGUCGUCAUGGCAGUUGUUGGUGGAUUACUUGGUGCCUCAUUUGUUGUUCUGAAUUACAAACUAACAGUGUUUAGACAAAGGUUUAUAAGAAAGAAAUGGCUGAAGGUAAUAGAGGCAGGCGUUGUUGCUAUGGUAUCUGCAUUAUUGGCCUUUAUAUUGAUGGUUGGUGUAGAUGACUGUACAGCAACAAAACCAUUUGGAAAUACCACUGUAACAGCAAGGAUGAACUGUAAACCAGGUCAACAUCAUGGGUUAUCUAACCUGUUUCUUAACACACCAGAAGGCUGUCUGAAAGCACUGCUUCAUGAUCCAUAUGAGUCCCACAGUGCAGCCAGUUUAGCAGUAUUCACUGUAGUUCUUUAUUUCUUGAGUGUUUGGACCUAUGGUCUAAGUGUAUCUAGUGGUGUCUUCAUUCCAUCUCUAGCAACAGGCGCUGCAUGGGGGAGGUUAGUGGGUAUGGGCGUAGUUGAUAUGCUUCCUGGAUUAACUCAUUUGUCAGCAGAUUUUGGGAAGUAUGCUUUAAUUGGAGCGGCAAGUCAGAUUGGAGGAAAUCUACGUACAACGAUCAGUUUAACUGUGAUAAUUGUAGAAUGUACAGGAGAUAUAUCAUUUGGACUGCCAAUCAUGAUCGUGCUUAUGAUUUCAAAAUGGGUUGGGGAUUUUAUUACGACAGGUCUAUAUGAUAUGAAUAUAGAAGUUAUGGGUAUACCUAUCAUACCAUUUGAAGCCCCACCAUUAGUGGAUGACAUCAGAGCAAGUGAAGUAAUGGCGUCACCAUUAAUUGGGUUUAGACCAAAAGAAAAAGUAGGUCAAAUAGUAGAUAUAUUAAAGACAGAAAAUAUGUGUGGUUUCCCCAUAACAGAAUCACCAGAAGAUGAGCCUGGCAGAGUGAAGUUAAAAGGUUUGAUACUAAGAGAACAGUUAAUAGUUAUAUUGAAGAAAAAAAUUUUUGCUCCAGAAGGGCUUCCGCAACCAAAAAGUAUUACCAUAGCAGAUUUCAGAAAUUUUUAUCCACUGUAUUUGAAAAUAAAAGAUAUAGCCAUUUCUGAAGAAGAGAGAAAUUACAUGAUAGAUCUUAGACCAUUUUAUAACCCCACACCACACACCAUUGAGAAGACAUUUUCUCUGCCAAAAGUAUUUAAUGUAUUCAGAGGUCUAGGAUUGAGACAUUUAAUUGUAACAGAUGAUAAAUUGACUCCUUUAGGGAUGAUUACAAGAAAAGAUUUAGCCAAAUUUAGAGCAGGUACAAAAAGAGGUCUGGUCAAAAUAGAACAUCUGAAGAUACAAGACAAUUGAGAAAAAAGGACGGCAAAUUAUAUUUGUUUAUCAAAUUAAUAUUAUAUAGGCUAUUGGGUUGUUGAUAUGUAAUACUGCAUGAAACAUACACAUUGAGGAUUUCCUAUUUUCCUAUUUGUGUAAACUGUAUAAUGAAAGAAAGUUUAUAUACAUAUUUGAAAAAUAUUUUAAAGAAGAAAUCCUUUAAGAAAGUAUUUAUAUCUCUCAAGUGAUCAAAAUUUAUUUUAAGAUCAAUAAAACACUUUAAAAUGGUUAAGAUGUGAAUUAAAAAAAAAAUUUAAUCAUUCUAUCACUUUUCAUUGAAAAGUUCAGUUGUCUUAUUAUAAGAUUGAAAGGAAAAUGUAUAGUAUGAAACUUAAUUUUAUAGUUUGGGCA